GAUAUAAUUCAAGGCCUGAACCUUAGGUCUUGUGCAGAGAAAGAUAAGCCACCAAGGAGCUUCCAUCAUCCAACAACACAGGAGUACUUGCAGGAAUGUGCCAAUAUAAUGAGGAAAAUAAGACUGUCACGCCAAAAUGAUCCACCACGGCAACCACAGCCUCGUAAAGUUCUCCUUUAUGGUUCUAAUAAUAAAAACUCUGAAUCAAAGAAGGUGGACAGCAUUAAUACUGAUGCCUUUUCUGGUAUGCGCAAAUUAAAACUGCUGCAACUUGACAAUUUAGCAGUUAAAGGAAAUUACAAGGAAUUCCCGAGGUCGUUGAGGUGGUUGUGCUGGCACAAAUUCCCAUAUAAAUGUUUACCUGAUGGCUUACCUUUGGAGAAAGUGGUGGCCCUGGAAAUGCGCCAUAGUAGAUUGCAUCAUCUCUUCCAAGGAAACAAGGUUCUCAGUGCGUUGAAGAUUCUGAAUCUCAGUCAUUCAGAAGGUCUGUCUUGCACCCCUGACUUUUCAAAGCUCCCAAAUCUUGAGAGGAUAAUUCUCAAGUACUGCACUAGGUUGAUUGAGAUUGAUAAAUCGAUUGGGGGACUAAAGAGACUCCUCAUUUUGAACGUAAGAGGCUGCCAAAGUCUAAGGAAGCUUCCCAGAUGUAUUAGUAAUCUUCAGUCCCUCGAGAAGAUAAUUCUGUAUGGUUGCUCAAAACUUGUAUGGUCUUCAUUAGAGCUGAAUAAGAUGCAGUCAUUGCUAGAGCUUGAUGCCGGUGGAACUGCUAACGAUGAAGUUUCUACUUCCGUAAGUAAGAAGCAUUUAUUGAUGUGCUCUUCAGUCUCAAGCCCAAGAAAAUCUCCUGGAAUCCUGUUAACUACAGUAUCUCAUACACUAGUAACCUUAAGUCUUAUUGGAUGUGGUCUAUCAAGUGAUUUGAUUCCAGAGGAGCUUGGUGAUUUCUCCAUGCUGCAGAAUUUGUUUUUAAGUGAGAAUCCAAUUUACAGUCUACCAGAAAGCAUCAAGAGGCUUACCAAUCUCAGGAAACUUGAGUUGGAAAAUUGUGAACAACUUGAAUAUCUUCCAGAGAUCCCAGCCAGUGUGAAAAUCUUGAGUACUUGGCAAUGCAGAUCACUCCAACGGAUACACAAUUUACUAAAUUUAUUGACAACAUUGAAUUUUCUUGGAUUAUCUUGCAAUAAACUUAUUGAGGUUCAGGAAAUGUUCCAGCUAAAAUGUAUUUCUUCAUUUGAUGUUGAUUUAAUCAGUGUUCUGGGAUUACCCAACUUGAGUGACAUGAAAGUGGAUCUCUACAACAGUCUGACUCUUACAAGAUGGAAAGGUCCUAUACAGGGCCUCUCUGAAUUUGGUAUAUUCAGCAUUUCUUUUCAUGGAAGUGAGCUUCCAGACGGGUUAAGCUACAAUUCUACAGGGUCGUCCUCAAUUAGUUUUGAUGUGCCUAAUUAUGACAUUCAGGGUUUGAACUUAUAUGUUAUCUAUGGGAAUGCGAGCACAUCCUAUUGUACAAGGAGAAAUAAAUUUUGGAAUGAGUUUCAUGUCAGAGUAGCAAAUAAGACCAAGGAUCUGAGAUGGACAUACAGUCCAACAUUUAAGGGUCUUCCAGAUAAUGGUGAGGAUAUCACAUGGCUAUGCCAUUGGGAAAUAGGAGAUCACUUGGAUACUGGAGACUCUAUGAGCAUUUCAGUGACUCUAUUUGCUGGUGCUCGGUUGAAGGAAUUUGGCGUCCACAUUGUCUAUAAGCAAAAUGACAACAAUUUGAGAUGUAAUACAUCAUCUCCUCCUUCACGCCAUCUCAUUAAUGGGGUGGAUAUCUCUGCAUAUCAGGUUCAAGGCUCCUACUUCCUCUGUCAUCAUGACUUUGAUGUUCAACAAAAUUGUUCCAUUUAUGGAUGGAAUUCAACGGGCUGGUAUGAAUUCUUAUUUGGUGAUAAUUCUGAAGAUUUUCCUGACGAAAUGUCUCCCUACGAUUAGCCAGAAUGUCUAUGGACUUCUAUUAUAUCUGGAGUGGAGGAUAAAACUUGGUCAUUACCUUGAUGCUGGUGUGGAGCUAAGGUGGUUCUUCAAAAAGGAGUAGUGAAUGGGUAUCAAUGCAGGCUGGUUCCAUUCCCAGGUGGUUCAAUGUCAAACUGAUGUCCUAUUCAUUAAUUUGCAUUUGUAGUGCCCGAAUCAAGUCCGUUUCUAAUUUAAGAGGAUAUAAUCCAUGAGGAAAAGCUAACGUAAGCCCUUGCAGUAGCGCGUGUAAUUCAGUAUGAGUACUAGUUAUUUCCAGACUGAUCAUUUCUAUAGUACUUAUUUGGAGUCUAUU